AGCGGUAGCAGCACAACAAUAUAUGGCCUUCCUCGCCGUGCCCGUCGCCGCCGCUGGUCUCGCCGCCGUCACAACGCCUCUGCUGCCAGCCGGCGCCACCGCCGCCAUCGAGCGAGGCCAGAUCCACGUUGAGCCGGGCUUUCUGCCGCCGCCGCUCGUGCGCUCGCUGCGCGAGGACGCCAUGUCGCUCUUCGAGGCGGGUCUGUUCUCGCCCGACGGCCUGACCAACACGGCGGUCGGGCGGAGCCAGCAGGGCUUCGACCGGCGCGACCGCCAGACCUUUCGAGGCGACGGUUGGAGCUCGGCGACGGGCGACCAGGCCGCUCGGCUCCAGUUCGCAGCGCGGAUGCGCUCCCUGCGGGAGGAGCUGGCGGAGGGGCUGGGGCGGCCCACGCUGGCGUCCGAGGGCGAGCGGAGGCACGAGAUGACUUACAAUUGGUACGAGGCCGGCGCCAAGCUCGGGCGCCACCUGGAUGAGCACCACGAGGAGACCAAGGGGACCAAGGGCUGGCUGCGGCCGAGCCGCCGCUCGGUCACGUGGCUCGUCUACCUCAACGAGCAGUGGGAGGCGGCCGAGGGGGGCGCGCUCCGCACCUUCCCGCGCCCGCAGCCGAGCUCGCAGGCGGUCGGCUCCGACGCGGGCAACCUGCAAGUCGGCUGGCUCGACGCGAGCAGGCCCGUCUUUCUCGAGACGAGGGAGGGAGGGCUCUCGACCCUCUACUGCCGCGCAGGCGGAGGCGGAGGCGGCGGGCGGCGAGAGGCGCUGAGCGCCGCCGCCUUCGAGGUGCCUCGCCAGCCGGUCGACUUUGGCGCCUUCCUCGCGGCCGAGUACGGCAGCCGCUUCGAGCAGAUCUCGACGUCGCGACUCGACCCGCGCUUCGCGACAGGCACGCCGGCAGAGUUCACAGAGUUUGGGGAGCUGCACCACGUCGACGUGCUGCCGGCCGCGGGGACGCUCGUGCUGUUCGACUCGGUCAGCCUGCCGCACCUCGUCAGAGAGGUGACGAGCACGCGGCCGCGCGUGGCCGCCACCGGCUGGUUCCACGAGGACUCGCUUGCCGUUCCACUCUUCCCGGUGGGGUCGUAAAAAAAAAAAAGCAGCUGCAAA